AUGACCGUCCACAUCCCCGACGACUUCGACACGGUCUCCGACGCUGUCGACCAAGUGAACAUCCUGAAGGGGAAGCUGUGGGACGAAACGGCCGCGUUUGACGAGGAGAAGGACAAGAGCAAGUUCCGGCAGUACGACGACGCCUGCGAUCGCGUCAAACGCUUUUACAAGGAGCAACACGAGAAGCAGACGAUGGAGUUCAACAUCCGAAUGCGUGUCAACAUGCGCCAGAAGGUGCGGGCACGGAUGGGCAUAUGGGAGGCUAUGGAGAUGCUAAACACACUCGUGGACGACUCGGAUCCUGACACUGAGCUCUCACAAAUUGAGCAUCUGCUCCAGACAGCCGAGGCCAUCCGCCGCGACGGGAAGCCUGAAUGGAUGCAGGUGACCGGGCUCGUCCACGACCUCGGAAAGCUGCUGUAUCUGUUCGGCUCGGAAGGCCAAUGGGAUGUCGUCGGUGAUACCUUCGUCGUCGGUUGCGCCUUCUCAGACAAGAUUGUCCUUCACGAAUCGUUUGUCAACAAUCCCGACUCGCGGGACGAGGUAUAUUCGAGUGAAUACGGCGUCUACAAGCCGCAUUGUGGUCUGGAUAAUGUCAUGCUGUCCUGGGGCCAUGACGAGUAUUUGUACCACAUCCUCAAGGAGCAGUCGUCGCUCCCGGAGGAAGGCCUUUGGAUGAUCCGCUACCACAGCUUCUACCCUUGGCACCGGGAAGGGGCGUAUUCCCAUCUGACGAACGCCAACGACGACCGCGCGCUUGCCGCUGUCCGGGCCUUCAACCCAUACGACCUCUACAGCAAAAGCGACGGUGCUCCUUCCGCAGAGGCGCUCAAACCGUAUUACCAGGGGCUGAUUGAAAAGUACUUUAAUAAAGUUAUAGAGUGGUGA